AUGGCCGCCAAACUGCUCAUCCCAAUCAUCAUCUUUCACGUCGGUCUCAUCGUGCCGAUCGCUGUCGCGGCCGCCGCCACCGCACGACCGCCUGCAGUGGCCGACGCCAACGACGACCGGUCCGCGCUCCUCGCGUUCCUCUCCAACGUCUCGGCGGACCCCGGCGGCGCCCUCGCGGAUUGGGGCCGCUCGCCGGGGUUCUGCAACUGGACGGGCGUCACGUGUGGCGGCGGCGGUCCAGGCCGGCGGCGUGUCACGCAGCUGGUGCUGAGCGGGAAGGAGCUCCGCGGAGUGAUCUCGCCGGCGCUGGCGCGGCUGUCUUUCCUCACGGUGCUCGAUCUUUCCAACAAUGCUUUCGCCGGCACGAUCCCACCGGAGCUUUCCGCGCUCUCGGCCCUGACGCAGCUCAGCCUGACGAACAACCUCCUCGAGGGCGCGGUCCCCGCCGGCCUCGGCCUCCUCCAGAAGCUGUACUUCCUCGACCUCAGCGGGAACAGGCUCUCCAGCAGCAUCCCGGAGACGCUCUUCUGCAACUGCUCCGCGCUGCAGUACCUAGACCUCGCCAACAACUCCCUCGCCGGCGACAUUCCUUACGCCGCCGACUGCGGCCUCCCCAGCCUCCGGUUCCUCCUCCUCUGGUCCAACGACCUGUCCGGCGAGAUCCCGCCGGCGCUGGCGAACUCCUCCAUGCUCGAGUGGAUCGACUUCGAGUCCAACUACCUCGCCGGCGAGCUCCCGUCGCAGGUGUUCGACAGGUUGCCACGGCUCCAGUACCUUUACCUGUCGUACAACAACCUGUCCAGCCACGGCGGCAACACCGACCUCGACCCCUUCUUCCGCUCCCUGAGGAACUGCACUCGCCUGCAGGAAUUCGAGCUCGCCGGGAACGACCUCGGCGGGCGGCUGCCGCCGUUUGCCGGGGAGCUCCCGCGCGGACUCCGGCAGCUCCACCUCGAGGAUAACGCUAUCUCGGGUUCCAUCCCGCCCAACAUCUCCGGCCUCGUCAACCUCACUUACCUCAACCUCUCGAACAACCUUCUCAAUGGCACCAUCCCGCCGGAGAUGUCGCACAUGCGCCUGCUCGAGCGGCUGUACCUGUCGAACAAUCUCCUCUCCGGCGAGAUCCCAACAUCCAUCGGCGAGAUGCCACACCUCGGCCUCGUCGAUUUCUCCGGCAACCGUCUCGCUGGAGCGAUCCCAGACACGUUCUCCAACAUGACGCAGCUCAGGCGACUAAUGCUGCACCACAACCAACUCUCCGGUGCCAUUCCUCCCAGCCUCGGAGAUUGCCUCAACCUGGAAAUCUUAGACCUCUCCUACAAUGGCUUGCAAGGCCCGAUCCCGGCGUACGUCGCCGCCUUGAGCAGCCUCAAGCUGUACCUGAACCUGUCCAACAACCACCUCGAGGGGCCUCUCCCUCUCGAGCUCAGCAAGAUGGACAUGAUCCUUGCGCUCGACCUGUCUGCGAACAAGCUCACCGGCACGAUCCCAUCUCAGCUCGGCAGCUGUGUCGCGCUCGAGUACCUCAACUUCUCCGGCAACGCGCUGCGCGGCGUGCUCCCGGCGUCCGUCGCGGCGCUGCCGUUCCUGCAGGUGCUCGACGUGUCGCGCAACGCUCUGUCCGGACCCCUGGCCGGCUCCCUUUUGGUGUCCACGUCGCUCCGGGAGGCGAACUUCUCGUACAACAACUUCUCCGGCGUGGUGCCACGCGCCGGAGUGUUCGCGAACCUUUCGGCGGAGGCCUUCCGAGGAAACCCCGGCCUUUGCGGCUACGUUCCCGGCAUCGCCACUUGCGAGCCGCCGAAGCGUGCGCGUCGCCGGCGUCCGAUGGUACUCGCCGUCGCUGGCAUCGUCGCCGCCGUGUCCUUCAUGCUAUGCGCGGUCGGGUGCCGGUCCAUGGUGACCGCGAGGGCGAAGCGGUUGGGGAGCCAAUCGGUGCGCCUCGUCGACGUCGAGGACCAGGCGGAAAGGGAGCACCCGAGGAUAUCACACCGGGAGCUCUCCGAGGCGACCGGGGGCUUCGUUCAGGAGGGUCUGAUCGGCGCCGGACGCUUUGGGCGCGUGUACAAGGGAACGCUCCGCGACGGCGCGCGCGUCGCCGUGAAGGUGCUGGACCCGAAGGGAGGCGGCGAGGUCUCCGGCAGCUUCAAGAGGGAGUGCGAGGUGCUGAAGCGGACGCGCCACAAGAACCUCGUGAGGGUGAUCACCACCUGCAGCACGGCCAGCUUCAACGCGCUCGUGCUGCCGCUGAUGCCGAGAGGUAGCCUCGACGGCCUCCUCUACCCGCCGCACGGGGACAAUGCCGGUGCCACCGCCGCCUGCGGCGGCGGCCUGGACUUCGGCCAGAUCAUGGGCAUCGUGAGCGACGUCGCCGAGGGGAUGGCGUACCUGCACCACUACGCGCCGGUCCGGGUCGUGCACUGCGACCUCAAGCCGAGCAACGUCCUCCUCGACGACGAGAUGCGCGCCGUGAUAUCGGACUUCGGCAUCGCGCGGCUCGUCGCUGGAGCUGGCGCCGGCGCCGUCGGCGAAGCCAGCAGCACCAGCGACGAAUCCGCCCCGUGCAACUCCAUCACCGGACUGUUGCAAGGCUCGGUUGGGUACAUCGCACCUGAGUAUGGAUUGGGAGGGCAUCCUUCGACACAGGGCGACGUGUACAGCUUCGGCGUGAUGCUUCUGGAGCUCAUCACGGGGAAGAGGCCAACGGACGUGAUCUUCCAGGAGGGGCUGACGCUGCACGACUGGGUGAGGCGGCACUACCCGCACGACGUCGCCGACGUCCUCGCGCACGCGCCGUGGCGGGAGCGGGCGCCCGAGGAGGCGGCGGCCGAAGUGGUGGUCGUCGAGCUGAUCGAGCUCGGUCUCGUGUGCACGCAGCACUCGCCGGCGCUGCGGCCCACCAUGGCAGACGUCUGCCACGAGAUCACACUGCUCAAAGAGGACCUCGCCCGGCACGGCGGCGCCGCCGGCGGCGGCCGCCGUUCGCUCUCGACCAAAGACUCGUUGUUCUCCAACUGA